AUGCAAUCUCUUGCAACCCGCAGCUCGCUGCUUGUGCACGACGUUCGUGCGUCGCAGCGGCAGUCUUUCGCUGGUCGUAUCAGCCACCGCGUCGCCUCCAGGCUCUCGCUCGCCGGUCCUCCUGUGGAGGCGCGCACCGGGACUGUGGCAGGCACCAUCAUCAACACCCUCUGCAGCGUGAUCGGCGCCGGGGUGCUGUCGCUGCCACUGGCACUCUACUUUUCUUCCGUUAUAGUUGGGCUGGUUGUCCUCCUCUUGUUCUCAUCCUUUGCGGCCUUCAGCGUGUACUGCCUUGUCGUGGGCUGCGACGCUACCGGGCGCUACUCCAUCACCGAGGUGAUUGCCUUUGCCCUCUACCCACCGCAGCUGUGGGAGGAGUAUCUGCGCAAGCAAGGGGCCGCCAAGGAGACGGCACGAGAAGAAGAGCAGCAUGCAGCACGGCCGCAGCACAUGCCAGCACCCGCUCCGUCUGGGGUGCGCAGCAGUAGCCGCAACAGCGAAAGCGCCGUGGCGACUCCGCCGCCAACCGAAGCGGCGCCAACAAGUGCGGAUGCGAGGCUGCACAGUGGUCGGGGGGAGGGCGUGGCGAGCGGCGAGGAAGGAAGCGAGGACACCCUUCCGUAUCUUCGCCGCCACGGCAGCCAUCGAUACGACCGCCGACGAGACGACGGCCAGUCAUGCGCAGAAGCUGCACGAACGAAGGGAUGUACAACGCGCGAUCCAGACGCCUUUUUCCUCGUCCCUUCGACGAGCACCUACGCUCGACUGCGCGACGCGUACGCGCGAGAAGAGUGGCGCCGGCGUCGUUACCGCCGUAUCAUUACGGCACUUAUGGAGCUCAUCCUCUUCUGCAGCAACUACGGCGCCCUCGUGAUUUACUCCAAGGUGAUCGCCGAUUCCAUGCCGCCCGUUGUUUCGUACGUCACGCACACGGACGGCUUUCUAGUGUCCAAAUACUUCUGGCUCAUUACUGGCGGCGCAGUGUUUUUUGUGCUGAGCUGCUCACGUAACAUGGAGGAGCUGAAGUGGUCCUCGCUGCUCGGCUUCCUGACAAUUUUAUACAUUGUUGUCCUUAUUCUUUACCGCUACCACACACAGAAGCGGUACGACUAUCCGCACGUCGACCCGCGCAGGCAUGGCAAGGUGCACUGGCUCCGCUUCUCAGUAGGUGUGCUGCAGACAAUCUCGACGUUCGGGUUGGCGCUCAGCUACCACUACAAUGUGCCGUACUUCUACAAGGAACUGCAGGACCGCCGACCGUACCGCAUGAUGCAGUCCCUCGCGGUUGCUUUUCCCAUCGUUGUCGUCUGCUAUGCUGUCACCGGUGUCGUCGGCUACGUGACCUUCGGCAACGAGGUGGCGGCACCAAAGGUGGGCGGCAACAUCGUCUUGAACUACCCAAAGAAUGACCUCUUAAUGAACAUUGGUCGUCUCGGCCUCUUUGUUCACUUUGCGUGCGUAUUCCCUGUUCUGUCAAUCUGCACGCGUCGCGGCUUGCAUCGGCUAACGAUGAUUGCCCUGACCUGGGCAGACCAGUCAGCUCUGAUGAUGGAGGCUGCGAGGGCGUCGGGAGCGCAGCUGACAGAGGCUGAGCGAGGAGCAGAAGCGAGCACAGCAACUGCGGUCCUCACGAACGGCGCCGGCAUAGAAGACGGGGCUCACGUAUGUGGUCACAUCCCUGGCGAGACGUCUCCUCUGCUGCAGAGACGCGGCGGCCCCACGCCCGGGUACGAGGUAUUUGCGAACAGCUCGCCACCCCAUCUCGCCAUUCUCGGCCAGCAAUACAACGCCGAAUCACCGGUAUCUGGGCGUAGGACUUCAGAUGCAGCUGACAGGCCGCGGGAUACUUUGAGCGCAGACGCCAGUGGGACAGAACAGGUGUGCGGCUCGCAGCCCGGGUCGGAGCAGGUGAGCACCGUCGACGUGGAUCGCGACGUCGGCUCACCUGAUCAGACGACGAUGCUUGCCAUUGUGAUAGAGGCUGCCUUCCUAGUGAUCACAUCGGUGCUGAUUGCUGGGACCGUGUCGGGCAUCGACUUUGUGAUACACCUGAUCGGAACGCUGUUCAGUAUUUUUAUCGUGAUGGUUGCGCCUGGGAUAGUGGGGUGGUGCGUAUUCUCACCAAGUGGCCCUUUUGGCUCUGCGUCCGCUGCCGUGGCCGCGUACAGCGGCGGCGACAGAGAGCUCUCUGGCGCCCCUGUAAGCGGUUUAUCCUCGCGUUUUCGACUGAUUCGAGUGAAACAGCUGAUGUGCCUCCUUAACGCGGUACUGGGGGUGUGCGUGACGGGCGUCGGCAUUGCGACGCUCGUGUACGAGACAUUCUGGGGAAAGCCGAUACCAGCUCUGUGA